CAUAUUCGUUUCCUUCGCCCGGAGUUUGUUGCUUCACUGUAAGACAAUCGAGACAUACAACCGAAUUAAUCUCAGCCACAGCCGAACAAUGGAUAGCUCCGACGGUUUCCGUAACCAUGACUACAGAGGAGCUAUUGCUCUCAAUAACAUGGGCGUUUCAUUGCUGGAACAAAAAGCAUACUUAGAGGCUAUGGAGACUCUGAAAGAUUCCGUCAUUGUCAUGAAGGUAGCCUUUCAACAGGAAAGCUGUACGAAUUUCAGAGAUACAAGUAUUUUGGUGGAAGAAAAGCUAGACAGGGCAUGUCAAAGGCUUUCGACUCAAAGGCUAGAAGCUGAUCCAACAUUGAUUGAAGGACUGAGGCACGAUGGUGGAUUUGCAACACUUCAGUCGCUUGUAACAAAACAAGACCCAAUCUUGUCCGAAUCGCUAUUCCCCGUCCGUAUCGAGCAGCUAGACGACCACGAAGACAUUGAAAAUAGCUUGAAAACGGCAAUUAUCAUGCAUAAUUUUUCCAUCGCUCAUUUUUGCAUGUCCAAGACGCCCGUCAACGACGAGGUACGAGCGAGGCUUGUUGAAGGUGGACUUCGGCUGGCAUCAGUGUCGUAUGGCAUUCUUUCGAAAAUGAUGAGCGGAGGGAAAAAUCUCCUGUAUGAACUGAUUCUUCGGGACACAAAUGUUUUCGUUGUGGCUAUUGCCGUCCUCAACAGUCUUGUUCAAAUGUUAAUUGCUUUGGGCAGCUUGGGAGAAGCCGAACGAUGUUCCGCAAAGCUGCACCAGCUCGGCGCUCUUGUAAAACAGAUUGACUCACCGGAAAUUACGCAGAGCAAUACUGUAGCGGCUGCCGCUGCUUAA